AAUGGAUGGCAUUUUUUACCAAGAAGUAAGGAAGGGCCUGAGCAACAAAAUAGACCUGAAAUUAUAGAUUCAGCACUUUUAAGACCUGGCAGAUUGGAUCAACAUAUUUAUAUUUCACCGCAGAAUUUUGAGUUCUAUAUUAAAAGGCAAGUUACGAAAAUGCCAACAACUGUAAUGAAUAAUCAAAUACCGUGUUUAGUUCAAGAUACUGAUGGAUUUUCAGAGAUGCCCCGUAAGUCCAAGAAUCAGUCUGUCCAAUAUCAACUUCAAGACAAAAACAAAUUAAAACAUAUGAAUGAACUCGAGGAAAAGCAAUUAAUUAUUCGAUAUUGA